AAUUUAAACCACGUUAAAUCCCUCUGGUUUGUUCUCACGGCUUCCUGCCUGCUACAGGCGUGACUGCGGGGAGUGGAGCUUCUUCGGAAGCGAGUGCGCGUGAGUUGCAGGGGCAGGGCGAGUCACCGGCGGAGACCUGUGGCCCUAACGGAGGGCGAAGUCCCAUCCAGAAGCGCCUUUGUGGGCACUGAUUGCUGCGGCACAUGCGUCACCACUGGAGCGUGGGGGCAAGGGGGGUGCAGCCUUACCCAGGUAUGCAUACAAAAAACCAGCUGCAGGUUGAGCUAAAAAUACCCGCCGCCCCCAGUCUCCAGAGAAAGGACCCACAUCCACAAAACCCCGAUUUCGGGGCCGUCAAGGAGGAUGAGCCGCCGCAGAGCUGGAGAGGAGUGCCUGUCAGCCCGCAGAAUGCCGCCCCUCUGCCUGCUGCUGCUGCUGCUGCUGCUGGUGCUGCCGCCGCCGCCGCUCUCGGGGGCCACCGCGGCCCUCCCCCUGGUGGAGGGCGGCCUCCCAGGCCACGACAGCCACAGUGGGCAUCGGCAGGACGCGGCAGAAAUGCAGAAGCACAGCCUGCGGACUUUCCUUGCUCGGUGGCACGAGUGGACCUCCCAGGCCGGGGCGGCCCCCUCCGCGGGCGGGGAGGCCAGGGGGGCCUCCAAGCGGCAGGACGGCCCGCCGCCCCAGCAGUCCACGCGCCCCGACAAAGUGCCCUGCAGGAAUUUCUUCUGGAAGACCUUCUCCUCCUGCAAGUGAGGCCCCGCCCGCGUCACUCGUGCGAGGAAGGGUGCCGAUGGGCCCGAAUAAAACGUGUUAAACAGCCGAGAUCUUUCUUCUUU